GGGUCCUUCCCUGAGCAGUUGACCUUACAACAAAACCACAGCAUUUUCAAUGAAAACAAUUGCUCAUUGCAGUGAAUAUGAGAAAAUAUUGAACCAGGAUUCAAAUGUUAAUAAAUAUCUAUGGACUCCUUUGCCAGGGAACCAUUGUGACUGUACUAAAUGUAGGGAAGUCUUUUAUCAAAGCUCAAACCUUAUUAGACAGAAGAGAAUACAUUUGGGAGAGAAUCCUUCUGAAUAUACUGAGUGUGGGAAAAUUCUUAACCAGUCCUCCAAUGUUGGUGAUCAUCUGAGGAGUCCUGUGGGAAAAAACCCGUACACAUGCAAUGAACCUGGGAACAUGUUUAGUCAGUCAUCAAGACUUAAUAUCAAUAAGACAAUCCAUGCUGGACAGAAAGGUUACGUUUGUAAGGAAUGUGGCAAAGCCUUCAACUGGCACUCAACACUAAUUCAAAAUCACCUAGUGCAUACUGGAGAGAGACCUUACAAAUGUGAAGAAUGUGGUAAAACUUUUAAGUAUGGGUCAUUGCUAAAUGGACACAGGAAAAUCCAUACUGGAGAGAAACAUUACAAAUUUAAAAAAGGUGGGAUGGCCUUUACCCAAGACUCACCUCUUACUAAACACCACAGAAUUCAUGCUGGAGACAAAUCUUUGGAAUGUCAACAAUGUGGCAAAUCCUUUAACUGGCCCUCAAGCCUUAUUCAACAUCACAGAAUUCAUACUAGAGGGAGACCUUACCAAUGUAAAGAAUGUGGCAAGACCUUUUUUUGGCCCUCAGGCUUUAAUCGACAUUCCAGAAUCCAUACUGGAGAGAAACCUUACCAAUGUAAAGAGUGUGGCAAGGCCUUUAAAUGGCACUCAUACCUUAAGGAACAUCACAGAAUCCAUACCAGAGAGAAACCUUACCAAUGUAAAGAACGUGGCAAAGCCUUUAAGUGGCACUCAUACCAACAUCACAGAAUUCAUACUGGAGAAAAACCUUACCAAUGUAAAGAGUGUGGCAAGGCCUUUACCUGCACCUCAGAUCUUACUGGACAUCACAGAAUCCAUACUGGAGAGAAACCUUACAAAUGUCCAGAAUGUGGCAAGGCCUUUAGCCAGCAAUCAUCCCUUAUUCAACAUCACAGAAUGCAUACUGGAGAGAAGCCUUACAAAUGUGAAGAAUGUGGCAAGGCCUUUAUCCAUCACUCAAAGCUUACUGAACAUCACAGAAUCCAUACUGGAGAGAAACCUUACCAAUGUAAAGAAUGUGGCAAGGCCUUUAAGAACUAUCCACAGCUUACUCGACAUCACAGAAUCCAUACUGAAGAGAAAUCUCACCAAUGUAAAGAAUGUAGCAAGGCCUUUAGCCAACAGUCACACCUUAUUAAACAUCACAGAAUUCAUAGUGAUUGAAACUUUACAAAUGUAAAGAAUGUGACCAGGUCUUUACCCGACCCUUACAACUUACUCAACAUCACAGAAUUCAUACUUGACAGAAAUAUUAACAAUGUAAAGAAUGUAAUAAGGUCUCUAAUCACUCUUCAAACUUUAGUCAUUAUCACAGGAUUCAUACUGGAGUACAUCUUCCAAAUUUAAGGAAUUUGAAAAAUGUUUUGUGGACUGCUCACCCCUUACUUUACAUUGGAAAAUUUACACUGGAAUAUAACCAUUGAAUACUAAAGCAUGUGGCCAGGUGUUUAAGCAAUGCUAAACCCUGACUCCUGACCAGAGAAGGUAUACUGGGGAGGAUUUUGCAAAUAUAAGAAUUUGGUAAGCUUACAAAUAAGAGGUGAAGCUUUAUUCUGUAUCACAGAAUUCAUACUGGAGAAAAACUUUAAAUGUGAAGAAUGUGGUAAAACUUUUGUGACUACUGAACCCUUCUCAAUAUCUCAGACUUUAUACUGAGGAGAAACAUUACAGAGGUAAAGAAUGUGUCCAACCAAAGCUGGAACUCACAACUUGCUCAAGAUCAUAGCUAUCUUUCAGGAGAGAAACUAACAUGUAGAGAAAGUUGCCAUGCUUUUAAGUGGAAUUGAAUCCUUAAUCA